AUGUCACUGACACUGAGACCUAAACAUCCAGGGCCAUCCGGCUUUACCAGCUGCCCGGCGGACAUCUUAUACUCGGUAUUCGAGUUACUAUCACCCGCCCAAAUUCAUGUACUAUGUCUUGUCAAUAAGAAAUUUCGCGAGAUCGCUGAGAAAUUUCUCUACGAGAAGAUUCAGUUGACUUGGCAGCAUCCUUAUGAUCCUCCCCCAGUCACUCAACUUUUACGAACUUUGAUAUCCAGGCCUUAUCUGGCUGCUUACAUCAAAACCCUUCAUCUCGCCGGCAAAACCCCCACCCUGGCUUCACUCGUAUCGAACAUUCGAACAAUCCCCGUCUCUAUCGGCGACCUGAAUAAACAUAUUGCAUUCAUUCGGAAGACUAGAGUCCCGUAUAUCGACCUUUGGAUACAGGAAUUAAAGCAAGGUACAAUCAAUGCUUUUGUCGCCCUCCUUCUAGCACAGGUUCCGAAUCUGAGAUGUCUGUACCUGAGCCCUGCUUUCACCCAGCGAAGUGAAAUUAUCGGAAUGGUUCUCCGUUCAGCCAUCUUUGAGCCUGUAGAGUACGGGCUACCCGACCUUCAGCAUCUCCGAGAUGUGACAUACCGCCUCAAAAUUGGCCAUGACCGAGCGCGUGAUAAAAUGGUCAAAAACACCGCGGAUGUCUUGCCCUUCUUUUAUCUACCAAAUGUCCAACGCAUUUCAGUCUCGCUCGAGAGCCCGCUCGCGAUAACGUGGCCUACACCACAAUUGCCUGUCCCAUCAACUCUGACAUCGCUGGUUUUGAACUCUGUCCGGGAGAAUUAUCUCGGUAAUCUACUCUCAGUCACACCUCAUCUGAAGUCACUUCGCUGGAGAUGGUUUUACGAUUUUGGUAUCGACGAUGUAGUCAAUAUGCCUAUUGUAGAUCUUGAUGGGAUCGGCGACGCGAUAUCUUGUCUUAGAGGUACUUUGACCGACCUCAAAAUCCUAGCUGAAGUUCAACUCGGAGGCAAUGAUAUAAAUCUCCCUGGCAUCAAAACCGAGGGCUCACUGAGUGCGAUGGUCAAUAUGGAAAAUCUCAGGACACUUCAAGUCCCACUGGCAUUCCUCGUUGGGUUUGCACAAGACACAACGAAACGUUUGCAGAAUGUGCUCCCAAGGUAUCUUGAACAUCUCACCAUAACGUACGACUUAUGUCUACAAAAUGAUGAGCAAAUGGAACCAGACUGGCCUGAAUUUGAGUGGGAGGAUCACGCCGUUUUAGGCUUGCUGAAAUCAUGGCUAGAGGAUCGAAAAGCGUUCACGCCGAAUCUUCGUGGCAUUUCUCUGGGACUAGCUAGAAACGAGACUUCCGAUGAGGAAUGGGACCCUAUCAUGAGACACCAGCUCACAGAGCUAGGUGCUCAAGCCGGAGUUCCAUUUGACGUAAUCUUCACAGAUGAAAUAUAA